GUAUGCUGACUUGAUCGGGGGCACACGCGCCCGCGACUUGCUCGAGAGGUUCAUCGAACGUAACCGGCGGAGCCCCGAGGAGGUGAACGAACUCGGCCAGAGCUUUGGGGCUGCGAAGCCGCGCGUGGAUCGCCGCCUGGAGUCGCCGCCUGGGCUCUACAGGAGGUUCGCGCGCCAGCUUGAUCAGAGGGGAAUGGCCCAUUGGACGAGAAGCCCGAUGCGCCUCAUAUCGCUGUUCUUUGUCAAGAAGAAAAGCGGAGCGCUUCGGAUGAUCACAGAUGCGAGACCUGUGGACGGGCCGUUUAAGCCACCACCAGAAGUCCAGCUGCGCACGGCCGAGGGGCUCGGGCGCAUCGAGCUCCAGUCGGAGACCGAUGACGUGCACCUGGCCCAGGCAGACGUGGCCGACUGCUUGCGCCGCUUGAGGAUGCGCGAGGAGCCCGCAGAGUUCUUUGCGACGCCGCCGCUGCCGGCGCGGGCAGCUGGGCUGCCGGGGCGCGCGCGGCCGGAUGUCGGCGCGGCCGACGAGCUGCGGCGGCCCUGCUGCGCAAGUUUUCCAAGUUGCUUCAGCUGGGAUCUCGUCGCGGCGAAGCGCGUGAACGAGCGCCGCGCGGCGCGGGGGCCUGGGCUGGAGCUGCGGCCGCCGACGGCGGAUCGCCGUGGGCCUGCAGUGCUGCGCGCGGAGGCGCCGACAGCGCACUGCGCGUGCGUCGACAACCUGGGCGCGCUGGACGCAGACCGCAGUCGCGGGGCAGCUGGCUUCGCGGGCGCGCGCGAGUCUCUCGAGCAGUUCGUGCAGGCGCGCCGCGUUUGGCUGUUCCCCAUGUGGGCCUCGGUGAGAGCCGAGAUCACUGCCUUGCUGGGUGGGGGCUUUGCUGGAGCGGGGCGGUCGAUGCCGGCGACGCCAGUGAAGCUGGUUGGGGAAGCCGCUCUACCUCGUGGGGGGCAGAGGCCGCCGCUCUGCACGGACCAGCACCUGAGAGGUCGAGGUGUCGCCUCACCUCUGCCUCCCUCCGCCAGAGCCCAUGUUUUGCAGCAGGCGGGCAUGGGGGGCGUCGAUGAUGUCGACGCCGACCUGCCCAAUGAGGUCUUGAAGGAGGUCGCGGACUUCCCAGGGAUUCCCAAGAGGCUGCUGGACAAGGAGAAAUGGCGCGUCACCCUUCGAGGGGCUGGCGUGCGCAAGCUCUAUCUAGGUGACAACCUGGGGACGGUGCUAGCCUUCGAACGGGUGCCGGCCGGGUCCGCGGCCCUCCGCUCGCUGACCUCAAAGCUGCGCCGCAGGCCGGCGAGGCUUGCAGGGGGCCUCGAGGAGACCGACGGGGGCGAGGCCUCGGUCGAUCGCGUGUCGGAGGGGGGCAGCGAGAGCGAGAGCCAGGUUGCAAAGCCUUGUGCGAGAAAGACGAGUCGCCAGGAGAGAGGUGUGAACUUGGAUCCGAGGAAGGGCUUCGCCACCUGGAGGGGAAAAGCGCGGCGCCCAGGGUGCCGCGUCAGGAUCGCGCUGGACUUCGCGCGGGAGCGGGAGCUUGCCGCCCACGGCGCCGAGGACGUCGACCAGCUGCUGACUCAUCUCAUGAACUUGCGGCACCGCGAGCACAGCAGCUACGAAGUCAAGCUGCUGGCGGCGCGGAUGGCCAUCUUCCCCGAGUGCGGCGAGCACGGCGCCCUGCGCCCCCCGAGGAGCGGCCGUGCUUUGAAGGGCUGGAAGCGGCUAGUGCCCGGCCCCGCGCGGAAGCCCUACCAUUUUCUGGUUGUGGCUGGCCUGGCCACGGCGUUGAUCCAGCUGGGCGAACUGGAAGUGGGGUUGUGGGUGCCAGUCGCUUUCGGUUUCGACUUGAGGCCGUGCGAGGGCCUGAGGAUGCAGCCCGAGGAUCUGAUUGCGCCCGCGACGGGGGUGUCGAACAAUUGGGGCUUGCUAGUGGCGCCAGAGGACAGGGGAGUGCCGACCAAAGUGGGCACCUUCUACGACAGCCUGCUCUGGGAUGCGCCGCGCCUGUUCUUCAUGAACUCGGCGUUCGAGGUGCUGCGCCAGAGGCCCCGAGGUCAGCCGUUGUGGGCUCUAGACUACCCGCGCGCGCUGAGAUCAUUCAGAGUCGCGUCGAAGCUGAUCGGCGUAGAUGCAGUGCCCUACCACAUGCGCCACUCGGGUCCGAGCUGGGACAGGCUGAAGGGGGAUUCGCACUUUGCAGCAUAUCCAAGAGAUUGCUGGGUCACGACAAAAAGCUUGGCCAUAUACAAGAAGCGCGGACGCCUGGCCAUGCAGAUGGCAGAGCACUCCGAG